AUGCACGUGGUAAUUAUCCAUCCAGAACAGUGGAAUGGCGGUUCAGAUCGGUGUACGGUAGCACUUAUAAGACAUUUUGUUUCAAAAGGGUGCAAGGUAACUUGGCUUACUACAAUGAUUGACGAGUACUGGAAGGAUCACAAAUUCGACGGCGUCGAUAUUCACGAAGUUGGGCUGAAACUUCAUCCAGGCGAUUGGUGGAGUCAGAACGUGGCCCUCGGCUGGUAUCUCGUCUUCAACAAUAUCAAACCCGAUUUGGUGGUCAUCGACCAUUCGGCAAGUUGUGUUCCUCUCAUCAAAUGGCGUUACCCUAGUUGUAAAGUGUUGUUCUACUGUCAUUUUCCACAACAACUCGUCACACCGUCAAGAUUCUUUUUGUAUAGAUGGUACUCGAGUUUAAUUGGCGUCAUCGAAGAGCAUCUCUUCCAACAUACCGACGUCAUUAUGGUCAACAGUCAUUUUACAGCCUCACAGUUCAGUCGCGUAAUGCCCCGCAUUGAAAAAAGUAAAAUCCGUGUCGUCUACCCGCCAUGUGACGUUGACUCGAUUGUUAUAUCGGCCGAAAAACCGAUGAGUCGUCGAGAUCGACCACAAAACGAUGUGUACGUGUUCAUGUCAAUGAACAGAUUUUGGCCUGAAAAACGUCUUGACAUCAUUAUCGAGGCAGCCUCAUUACUAAAAAAACGCGGGUACAAGUUUUUGGUGCAAUUGGCCGGCUCUGUGAUGCCGCAUAUACCAGAAAGUCGAAUAUAUUACGAAUUACUUCAGAAAAUGACAAGGGCAAGUGAUCAUCAGUGUAGUAUCGUCCUGAAUUACCAGAGUGAUCUCGACGUCGAAGAUGUCGUCGAAUUCAUUCCCUCACCGUCCGAAUGUCAAAAAUUCGAAUUGUACAGGAAAUGCGAUUCGGCCCUCUAUACACCACCAAACGAGCAUUUCGGCAUUGUACCAAUCGAGGCAUUGGACCAACGUCGGCCUGUGAUCGUGUGCGACAGUGGUGGUCCGGCCGAAACCGUCAUAGAAGACGUCACAGGCAGCAAGAUAAUGAAACCGACGGGGGAACUGCUUGCCGAAGCGAUGGUGCACCACAUCAAGAAACAAGACUGGCCAGCCCUCGACUGCGACGAAACUUACGAGAAACAAGUAAAAUUAACAGUAACGAAGCAAUAUAAUGAGAAAAACCCUCAGUAUGUGCCCUGGUUGUGA